AUGGGUGACUGGAGUUUCCUGGGAAACAUCUUGGAGGAGGUGAAUGAGCACUCCACCGUCAUUGGCAGAGUUUGGCUCACAGUCCUUUUCAUUUUCCGCAUCCUCAUCCUUGGCACCGCGGCCGAGUUUGUGUGGGGUGAUGAGCAGUCUGAUUUCGUAUGCAACACCCAGCAGCCAGGUUGCGAGAAUGUCUGCUACGAUGAGGCCUUUCCCAUCUCUCACAUCCGCCUCUGGGUUCUGCAGAUCAUCUUCGUCUCCACUCCAUCGCUGAUGUAUGUGGGGCACGCGGUGCAUCACGUUCGCAUGGAAGAGAAGCGAAAGGACCGCGAAGCUGAGGAGCUGUGUCAGCAGUCCCGCAGCAACGGGGGUGAGAGGGUACCAAUUGCCCCGGACCAGGCUAGCAUCAGGAAGAGCAGCAGCAGUAGCAAAGGCACCAAAAAGUUCCGGCUGGAGGGCACGUUGCUAAGGACCUAUGUCUGCCACAUCAUCUUCAAGACCCUCUUUGAGGUUGGCUUCAUCGUGGGCCACUACUUUCUGUAUGGUUUCCGCAUCCUGCCCCUCUAUCGCUGCAGCCGGUGGCCCUGCCCCAAUGUGGUGGACUGCUUUGUGUCCCGGCCUACUGAGAAAACCAUCUUCAUCCUGUUCAUGUUGUCCGUAGCUUUUGUGUCCCUCUUCCUCAACAUCAUGGAGAUGAGCCACCUGGGCAUGAAGGGAAUCCGGUCUGCCUUCAAGAGGCCUGUCGAGCAACCAUUGGGGGAGAUCCCGGAGAAGUCUCUCCAUUCCAUUGCGGUUUCGUCCAUCCAGAAGGCCAAGGGCUACCAGCUCCUGGAAGAGGAGAAGAUCGUGUCCCACUACUUUCCUUUGACUGAGGUCGGGAUGGUGGAGACCAGCCCACUCUCAGCCAAGCCUUUCAGUCAGUUUGAGGAGAAGAUCGGCACAGGACCGCUGGCAGAUAUGUCACGGGGUUACCAAGAAACCCUGCCUUCUUAUGCUCAGGUGGGGGCCCAGGAAGUGGAGGGGGAUGCGCAGCCUGUCGAGGAGGCUGUGGAAAUGGGAGAGAAGAAGAUUGAAGCAGAGAAGGUGACCCCAGAAGAGCAGGAGACGGUUGUUGUGCCAGAUGGGGAGAAAGUAGAGACCCCUGGAGUCGGGAAGGAUGGCGAGAAAGAAGAGCUGCAAGCUGAAAAGGUAGCCAAGCAAGGUCUGUCCGCCGAAAAGGCGCCUUCACUCUGCCCAGAGCUGACAACCGACGACAACAGGCCCCUGAGCAGGCUGAGCAAAGCCAGCAGCAGGGCCAGGUCAGAUGAUCUCACCAUAUGA